CAAGCGCCAGGUCGCCUUGGUCCUUCGGGGCAGAUGAACUGUGCUCGUGGUGGGGCCUGGAUGUGGGAGGUUUGGGGACCUGCAGGGACCUUAGCACGUGGAAAGCCUUGAGCCCUGCCUCUCUUCCAACCCCUUCUGGUGACCUCUGCCACACCUGUCUCCACAUAGGGAGUUCUUGUGCCCCCUACUCCUGACCACAGAGCCCAGAUGUCCUCACCAAGUCCCCACCACCACCACCAGGUGUCCUGACUGGGCAGCCCCAGGGGCCCUGAAGGACCAAUCCUUUCAGCCUCUUGUUUCCUCUUUUUUUUGGUACCAGGGACCAAACUCAGAACCUUGAACUUGUGAGGCAGGCAGUAGAACCACUGAGCUAAAUCCCUGGCCCCCUUUUAGCCUCUUGGUCCUCACAAGAGGAGCUGUCUUAGCCCCAUUGCCAGGCCAGGCUUGGAGGGGGUGAGGUUGCUCCUCCCCGCCUUCAGCCCUCCCCCUGGCAAGUGAGCAGCACCCCCAAGCAAAUUCUUUUCUUUGAAUACCUGGUUUUGAGAUUCAGGAAGCUGGCUCAGGGUUAGGAGGGGUCUCAGUUUGGGUCCCAUUUCCUCUGAAGGGCCCUGCAUGGGCACCCUGACGGCUCUGUGUUGCUCCUUUGACCCUGAUGGCUCUUGCUGGGCUAUGGGGCGGUAGGUAACAGGGUCAGCCUCCCACCAGGGUAUGGCCAGAUGGGCAUCUGGAAACAACCCUCUUGCACGGGAAAUGGAGUGGACGACCCAGGGGUGAGUGCUAGCUGAAUCUAACCAAUGGGUUGAGGCCUUGCCCACCUGGACCCAUUAGGACAAGAUGGGGAGGAGGUGACAGAAGGGGACACUGCAGUUCUGUUGGCCCUGGGAUUUGGGGCCCCCAGACUCUGAGUGGCUCCAUGCCAGUCCCUGGACUCUUUCAGAGACUGUAGGCGAGGUGGCUCUCCUGGCUCUGCCUGACCAUUCCCUGUCAUCUUCCCAGCUGCUGGGGUCCUAGCAGGAAAGGCUCUGUGUCCCUGGUGUUGGCCUCCCAGGUGGGCUCGAUGCUCUGGGCUUCUGGGUUCUGACCUGCUGCCCCUGCUGGAUUCCUACUGCUCCCCACAGCCCACGAGUGAUCAUGACAUUCCUUUUCCACCCCUCCCCAAGCCCAGAGGACCCAGCAGGGGAGUAUGUGGGAGGAAGGGGAAAUAGAGGCCAGUGAGGGGACCAGUGACUCCCUGGGGCAGAGUGGCUGGCUCUGGCCUGUGGGUCUGAGGGGUUUUGGUGACUGUGCACCUUCUUAGUGAGAGGCCCUUCCCCUUCUUAUCUCCCAGUGGCCAUGGGACCCAGCAAGGUCCUGCCCACACACAGGCUUCCUUGGGGCCUGAAUAGCUGAAGCCCAAGUUGGCGGCCGCACCCUUCCCUCCUGAGGAAGCUCAUGUGUAUCUGCUGUCCCUGCUUCCUGCCUGGGGGGCCCGACAGUGACCAACAGGGUAAUUUCGCAGUACAGAUCGUCAUCAAAUGACAGUGACAACACCCACACCCUGCAGCUCCCCAGGCAUCAACUCUUGGUCCGUCACAUGCUAUGUAAGGGUCAUCAGCCAGGAAGUGGCCAAGACAGACGUCAACCAGGCCCGAUCACUAGCCAGGGCCCAGGCUUCUGGCCCUGCAUCCUGCCUCUCUGUGCUUCCUGUUAUCCAGCCUGGAGGGGGAGGCUGGCUCCUCUCUCUUUCUGGCCCCAGCAGGUAUGGGCUUGAGUCUGGCUGCAUUCAAACCAGGUGACAUCCAAAUCCUUGACCUCAUCCUUGUAGCCAGGCUGCUGUGAUCGGAGUGUUAAAGGUCAUCAAAUCCCAACAGAGCCGCAGGAGGCAGCCUGUCACUGUCACUGGUCUGUACAGAAAGAAGUGAGGGUCAGAGAGGCCCCCAGCUUGUGAGAGGAGGUGGCCGUGGGAGGUCCCUGUGGGGCUCAGCCUGGCUCCCUCUGCAGAUAGUCUCCGGUGGGUGAGGCUCCGUCAGAGCACUGCCCAGUUCCCCACACUCACCUUUCACAACCCAACCGAUGGUGCCACUGAGCAGGAAGAAAGAAGCCACAGGAAGAGGUGUGGGGCAGGCAGGGGGAAGACAGGCAGCUGGACAGAGCCCAGGACCAGAGGACUUGACAGCCACAGGGCUCUGACUGCUGCAGAUGGAGACACCCAGGGGCCUGUGGGCCUUGCUCCUCCUGCUCCUGGCCUCAAAUGGAGCAAAGUCCACCAGUGUGCCAAGAAAGGAAGAGCCAAGAAACCCCUGCAAGAGCCUCCUCAACAAGCCAGACCCGUCUGAUCUCUACUACUUGAACGACACAGCCCAGUGCUUUGCUGAGUGCAGGCAGGAAGGGAGCAGUGACUCCUGUGCUCCAGGGAACCUGGAGAGACACUGGCUACAUUAUGAGUCCUACCUGGUGGAGAAUUCACUGGAGACAGUGGACAGGCCUUUUGUGAAGUCUUUGGUCCAGAACAUCAGCAUCGACACCUCAGAAGACCUGCUCUUCUCUCUGAAGCCCUCUCAGAUUCCGAGGCAGGUGAUGAAGGUCGAGGACAAGCCUUCUGACAGAGUCUGGCUUCCCAAGAGCUUCUUUGAAUCCCUGCCGGGCGACAGGCCUAUGGUGCGCUUGGCUAUAACUGUUCUGGACAUUGGUUCAGGGAACAUCUUCAAGGGCCCAAGCCUCCUCCAGGAGGAGGAUGGCAGCGUGCUGAACAACCAGGUGGUUGGCUUGAGUGUGGGCCAAGUGCCUGUCACUGGGCUGUCGGAUCCUCUGGAGAUCACCUUCUCCCACCAGCAUCACCCCUCUAACAUGACCCUCACCUGUGUAUUCUGGGAUGUGACUAAAGGGCCCACAGGAGACUGGGCCUCCAGGGGCUGCUCCACCCAGCUGGGAGCUGAGCAGACUGUGUGCCGCUGCGACCACCUGACCUUCUUCGCCCUGCUGCUGAGGCCGAUCUUGGACAGGGCCUCCGUGGAGCUCCUUACACGCAUCUCCCAGGCAGGCUGUGGAGUGUCCAUGAUCUUCCUCGUCUUCGCCAUCAUUCUCUACAUGGCUCUCAGGCUCUCCCUGCAGAGGUUCAAGUCGGAAGAUGCCCCCAAGAUCCAUGUGUCGCUGAGCAGUAGCCUGUUCCUCCUGAACCUCACCUUCCUGGUCAGUGUGGGGAGCGGCUCACAGGGGUCCAGUGCCACCUGCUGGGCCCGCGGUGCCGUGUUCCACUACUGCCUGCUCUGCACCUUCACCUGGAUGAGCCUGGAAGCCUUUCACCUCUACCUGCUUUCCAUCAGGGUCUUCAACACCUACUUCAGCCACUACUUCCUGAAGCUGAGCCUGGCGGGCUGGGGCUUGCCUGCCCUAGUGGUCAUUGGCACUGGGAGUGCCAACAGCUAUGGCCUUUAUGCCAUCCGUGACCAGGAGAACCGCACAUCACUGGAGCUGUGUUGGUUCCAGAAAGAAUCUGCCCUCUAUGCCACUGUCCACGGCUACUUCUUCAUCACCUUCCUCUUUGGUGCUGUGGUGCUGACCCUGGUGGCCUGGAAGAUCUUCACUCUGACCAGUGCCACAGCAGGCAAGGAGCGAGGACAGAACUGGAAGGCCGUCCUCACCGUGCUGGGCCUCUCAAGCCUGGUGGGCAUGACCUGGGGGCUGGCCAUCCUCACACCACUAGGUCUGUCCACCAUCUAUAUCUUUGCCUUCUUCAACUCCCUGCAAGGUGAGGCUCUGGGGCCAGGGAGGCAUGGGCUGCCUGUCUGCCUCAGGGGCUGCUUGGAGGUGGAGAAGAGGGUGUUUGGGACAAAGAGGACUCCACAGAGGCUAGCGCAAAUCAGGGGUACUGACUUUACGUAUUUGGGGCUCUCUUAGGGUCUAGGGCAGCAAGCUGAUUCAUAGGGGCCAGUACCAGAAUAAGGAAAAGCCACACAAACCAAAGCAUAUUCUUCUCCCCUCUUUUGUUUUGAAGCUAUGUGUUAUCUCUAGUUGGGUGUCUGUGGAAACUCCUUCAUUUUCUUACUCUUCCCCAUUGCUACCAUGACCCCAAGUGGCUGCCCAACAUGGCUGCCUGUAUAAAACCUUGCAAGUCAGCUGGCCAUCUCUAGUCCAAUCAGAUGUGACUAGAAUGGCAAGGUCAUGUGAUUUGAUGUCCACAUGACAAGGAUAGGGUCUCUAAGUAGCUGUUGAGGGAAGAAGGGGAUGAUUGUUAUGUCUGUUACUUGGCCCAGCUCCUCCUUCCUCUGACAUCCCAGGAAAGGAGGAGGAGCCCAGAGAGUAGGUCACAAUUUCCUUCCCACACCUAUAGUCUUUGCUCCUUCAUCCCUUAUUCACAUACACACAGCUCUAAAAGAUAUCCUGCCUGACUGUGAGGGUAUCAGGCAAGAAGACGGUGAUAAGAUUCAUCCUGUCUGGGCCAAUCAUUGAGAACUUAGCUAUCCUAGAUGCAGUGGAUACAAACUCACAAGACCAGGGGUGGCUCCCAGUGCCUCCAUGACACUGUGUGCAUCGUGGUUGGGGCCAGGCAGAUGUGGAUUCAAUUCCCAGCUCCAUCCACCAGCAAGUUAUUCAACAGUUCUGAUCCUCAUUCAUCUCUCUUUUUUUUCCCCAUGGUGCUGGGGAUCAAACCUAAGGCCUGAGCAUGUAGGGCAAGCACUCUCCCAACUGAGCCAGAUACCCAGGCCCUCUUCAUCUCUAAAGUCAGGACAAUCUCAAUUCCUAUCUCUCCAUAUUUCAUAACAAAUAACUAAUCAAGCAAAUGUAGGACCCAGUAGAUCUUUGGUAUGUAGGAACUAUAUUAAUAGCAAUAGAGAUGAUUAUUUUGGGGACAUCUGAGGCUAUUCCCAGCUGAAGAAUGCUGAAUCCAUGUCUAGAAAGUCUCACUGGUUAAAGGUUGGGGAGAGAUAUAUCUUGAAAUUUUGGAUUAUGUCAUUAUUCUUUCAGAAGUUACUUUAAUAUUUCAGCCUGCAUGCCUCACUCUGUUUAGUUAAACUUCUACUGAGUCCAGAGUAUUUGGAAUUUCUAGUUUCUUCCCAACAGAGCCCUGGGUACAUUUUAACUGCCCAUGGGACACUUCUCAAUAUUGUUAUUGUUCUAUAGCAUUUUAGUUAUGAGUUUCCUUUAAAUGCCCACAUAUUCUUUCUCAGUCAAUGUCUGUACUUUCUCUAAUUUCCUAUAUCCCACACAUUCCCUCUUGCUGAAAUGCAUCCUGUAGUAAUUUUUUACAGAGGAACAGUGGCAAAGCCAACUGUGGUAAUGGUGGUGGUUUUGUAUGUCUGAAAAUUCCUUUAUUUUGCUCUUUCUUUUCUGUGAUAGAUGUAUGAGGUGAGAUUGAAAAAUAUGGUGAGUGUUUUAAACAGAAAAAAAUUACAGCAAAAAAUUGUCAUUAAUAAUCCUCAAAAUACUUCCCCCUU